AUGCCGUCUGUCGGAGGAGCUGUAGAGGGUCAGUCUCAGGGCCAUCGAGCUGCUGCUGCUGUGGGUAAGUCGCUGUGGGUGAGUAGGGUGGGCAAAAGCGGGAGUCAGAGGCAGAUCCGGAGACCCCCUGACGAGCGACAGCACGCCUCAAGCCGUCGAAAGACCGCUGCUAAGGAUGCGGAGGGCGUCCUGGAUGAGCUGCUGCAGCUCCCCAGGCACUGGUGGACGAUGUUGAGGAGUCGUGAUGGGGGAGGGUUGGUGAUGGAGGAGGAGAGACGGCGGCCUGGUGUUGAGGAAUUUCUGUGCGCGCCCGCCAAGCCAGCUCCUCGACGACAGCUCUCCCCCUCGCCAGUCUCCUACACCCUCCUAGCUGCAUCGCGGACCCUGAUAUCGACCUUCGGAACCUCCUCAUCGCUCUCACCAUCCUCGAAACUGCCUCCUCCGAGCUUCCUAGAUCCAUUCGGCCUUUUGGAAGCGUAUCGCGAAGCUCCGCAGAGCUCUAGAGCUCCCCGCCGCCGCACUCGUCCAGCACCCCUUCUACCGUGUCACUACACCACAACGCGAGAAGGGCUCUUCAGAGGGGCCUGA